AUGGCGACUCUUCAGGCCAUCAAGUAUUCGCGGGGCAAGCUGCAGGUGCUAGACCAGCUCAGGCUUCCCCACGAGCACCACUACGACGAGAUAACAACUAGCGAAGAGGCGUUUGACUGCAUCAGGUCUAUGAGGGUGAGAGGGGCACCCGCGAUUGCUAUCGUCGCCGCCCUGGCCCAUGCCGCGGAGUUGCACAAUGGGAGCUGCACCACAAACACGCCAGAAGAGACCAUCGCGCACAUCGACUCGCGGCUAGACUACCUCAAGCAGAGCCGGCCAACCGCCGUGGACCUCUCCAACGCCAUUUCACUUCUCAAAGUGGCCGUCAGAGCCGCCGAGAUCGACGGGUUAGAGCACCCCGAAGCCAAAGAGGCGAUCCUGAACGCGUACAUCGAGACCGCCGAGGAUAUCCUUGCGAGAGACCUCGAGAACAACACGGCCAUCGGCGCGUUUGGCGCUGGCUGGUUGCAGCAGCAGCACAAUUCCUCGCCAGACCGCAAGAUCUCGGUCCUUACCCACUGCAAUACGGGGUCGCUGGCCACAUCGGGCCACGGGACGGCGCUAGGCGUCAUACGCACGCUGCAUUCCCGGGGGCUGCUCCAGCACGCCUACUGUACCGAGACGCGGCCGUACAACCAGGGCAGCCGGCUAACGUCGUUUGAGCUCGUGUUCGAGGGGAUCCCGGCGACUCUGAUCACGGACAGCAUGGCGGGAUCGCUGUUUGCGGUGCAGGGCGCGGCCAUGAACAUUGGGGCCGUCAUCGUGGGCGCGGACCGCGUCGUGCGCAACGGCGACACGGCCAACAAGAUCGGCACGUACUCGCUGGCGGUUCUGGCUCGGCACCACGGCAUCAAGUUCGUGGUUGCGGCUCCCACGACGAGCAUCGAUCUGGUGACAGAGACGGGUGCGGGCAUAGAGAUUGAGGAGCGCAAGCGCGAGGAGCUGACGCAGAUCAGCGGCCCCGUCGUCAACGCUGACGGCAGCGUUGAUACUAGCCGCACCGCGCGGGUUGCUAUUGCUGAUCAGACCAUCAACGUAUGGAACCCGGCGUUUGACGUGACGCCAAACGCGCUGAUCGAUGCGAUUGUGACGGAGAAGGGGACCGUCGUGAAGGGGGCCGACGGCAAGUUCGACUUCAGCGGCGUGAUGCCCGAGCGAUGGGCUGCUCUUGUUGGAAAGGCAUGA